UUAUGUCGAACACCUCUGUCUCUGUCACAAAAAAAUGAGCACACAUUGUGUAAACGUGAUUAAGAAAAUCUAAGUUUUGUGUGUGCAACAGCAAAAAGCAAUAUUUUCUCCUACGUGUAGCAAGCAAAACAGUUUGCGCGUUAGCUUGUGCAAGUGUAUCAACUAGUUCAACUACCUCUUGCGGUAAUUGUGAAACUGCAAUUAUAUAGGCCACGGAAAGAUUCUUGGGUGCGGCACGCAAUUUGAUGUAAAGGUAAGUUCCAAAAGGUAAAGGUGCUCACACAUAACACGUAAAUACCAUACGAAACGGUACAACAAAAAUGUCUGAUGCGAUGAGCGCACCGCCGCCAUUAAUACCCCAGCUGCAAGAGAUGCAGCAGCAACAACAACAACAGCAUCACCACCAACAACAACAACAACAGCAACAACAGCAGGCCGCAAACUCUGCUACUGCGCAGCAAUGGAGUAACUACGCUUGGUGGCAUCAUCAUGGCACCAACGCAGCCGCCUAUCAACAGCAAUAUCAACAAUAUUAUCAAUAUUAUAUGCGCUACCAACAGCAGCAGCAGCAACAACAACAACAGCAGGUAACAUCGACCAUCAGCUCGUCAAAUGCGCCGCCUGGUUUUAGCAAUGCGCUGGUGGCACCGCCGCUACCUACGGCUCCGCCGCCGCCGCCACCACCACCUGCACAGUCGGGUAAUAAAAAUCAACAACAACAACUGCAGCAGCAGCAGCAGCAGCAGCAGAAAAAUUUUGGUGGCAUACGUUUUAAUUUAAAUUUGAAUCAGAAACGUUUGGCAAAUGCGCCAAAUCCGCUGCAGCAGCAACAACAACAACAACACCAGCAGCAGCAACAACAACAGCAUGCUAUGCAGCAGCUAAAUCUCUAUAAUAACAUGAUCAACAACAACAACAACAACAAUUCUAACAAAAAGAAGCGCAAGCGUAAUAACAAAAACAAUAAUAAUAAUAACAACAACAACAACAUAAACAAACAACAACAGCAGCAAAUGACUGCUGCCUAUGAAUCAUCGCCUGCUGGAUUUUCUGGCAUUUCUCUAAAUCCAUUUUCUACGCCAGCAGUGCCGUCCACACCGGAUUUAAGCAAGCCACCACCCCCCUUACCCUUAAUACAAACACCAGCACUAGCAGCUGCCGUUGUUGCCCCACAGCAACAACAACAACAGCAGCAGCAGCCGCCUCCGCCGCAGCCGCCGCUAGCUGUUUUGGAGCCGCAGCAGCCAAAGCAGUCGCAGCCCCAGCCGCAACCAGCAGCGGCAGCAGCAAGUGCUGCAUUUAAGCGUCCCAAUAGCUGCUUCCAAAUGGGCUCGAAUGAUUCGUGGCCAGAUUCUCUAAAUCAGUAUGUGGCACGUUGCUAUUCCAAGUGUACAACCGACUUGGAUAAGGAUCAAAUCGAUAUCUGUCUAAAGGGUAAAAUUAUUGCUGCCGCCAAUCGCAACGAACUCUGGACGCGCGAUUGGGAUAAUGAGCCCAUGCCGACCGUGCACAGCGAACGCGAUGCUAUAGACGUGGUGCUCAGUAAUGUAACGCCUCCACAGCCACAACGUAGCAACUACUUUAACAAAAAACAGCAGCAACAACAGCAGGAGGAGGAGCAGCAGCAGCAACAGCAGCAACCACAGCAACUGCAACAGACAACCCCAAAGCCUAGUCAAAAGACACCAAAUGUAAAUCAAUUUAAACAUAAGGGCAAUGCUUUUAACAAGUUUGCCAAUGGCGGUUACGGACAGCAGCAGCAGCAGCAGUCUUCCCGCUACUCUAGGAGUCGUUCACGUUCGCCCACGUCGUCCACGUCCUCGGCUUCAAAAUAUAACAAUCGGAAACGUUAUUCUCGUUCGCCACGUUCGCGUUCUCGUUCCCAUUCGCGGUCGCGCAGCAGCAGCGCCAGCAGUCCACCAGCUCGUAAGGUGCUCCGCAAGACUGGCUUGAAUGAUACGCUGGGUAGCGAUUUUAUACCAAUCAAUUCGAAUAUGUCGAGGAAACAGCAGAAAAUGCUGAUGAAGAGGAAUAAGCGUGCAGCCGCUGCCGCUGCCGCCGUCGGUGGCAAAAAGAAGACGCCGCAUUUUUAUGCCACGCAUUCGUCGUCGGUGGGCGGUGCCGUUGAUGAUGACACAGCGCGCUUGCAACAGCGUGCGGCACGUUUCUCACAGUCGAGCAGCGGCUCGUCUAAGAAAUCUGUCGUCGCAAUUGCAAGCUCACCGUUUGGUCUCACCACGGCCAAGCACAAGAAGAGAUUGCAGGCCGCGGCGGCGGCUUCCCGUUCAGCGUCAUCGGCCAUGUUCUACGAGGAUGAUGCGGGCGCGGGUGCGGCGGGCUUAGAUUUACUCAAUUUGCAUAUUGUAGGCUCAUGUAGGGAUUUAGAAAAGUCAUUCUUGCGCCUUACCAAAGCGCCAUCACCGUCCGAAGUGCGUCCCGUUGAGGUGCUAACUCAUUCGCUGGCCAAUGUGAAGGGCAAAUGGCGUGCCAAUCAGGAUUAUCAUUAUGCGUGUGAUCAGUUGAAGUCCAUACGCCAGGAUUUGACUGUCCAAGGUAUACGCGAUAAGUUCACAGUUGAGGUAUAUGAGACGCAUGCGCGCAUCGCCAUGGAAAAGGGCGAUCAUGAAGAGUUCAAUCAGUGCCAGACACAGCUUAAGAUGCUUUACUUAGAAUUGGGCAACAGCAGCAAUUCGCUCGAAUUUACAGCCUAUCGCAUUAUCUAUUACAUAUUUACUAAAAAUACCUUGGACAUCACAACUGUUUUGCGUUCGAUAACAGCUGAUCAGCGCGAGAAUCCUGCCAUUGCGCACGCUCUAGAGUUUCGUUCCGCUUGGUCGCUGGGCAACUAUUGCAAACUAUUCGAUCUGUAUAAAAGGGCGCCGCUCAUGUCGGGCCAUAUGAUUGAAUGGUUUUUGGAGCGCGAGCGCAAGGCGGCACUGCGCAUAAUUAUUAAAUCUUAUCGUCCCAACAUUAGCGUCGAAUAUGUGUCAAAUGUUUUGGCCUUUGAUAGCACUGAAAAGUGCAAAGAAUGGCUAGACACAUUCAGUUUGCCCUAUGCCGCAGAUGGCGUUCAAAUUGAUUGCAAAAAUGCAGCUGCCAUUGCCAUUUGAAGCCACUCAAAAAGUGUGUUGGGCGUUUUUAAACUAAUCUACAAACAGGUGUGGAGCGUGACAGCUUGGGCUGGCAGCGAGCGCACCAUCAAAGACAAUACACAACAAAAGAUCCAUACUCGAUAUCCGUUUGAAAAACUACUCAGCUGUUCAUUAGCAGUACGAGCAUUUUUCACGGAAUCGACGCGGCUGCCUCCCUGUCUCUCUCUCUCCCUACCUCCCUCUCUAUAUCUCUUUUAGCCUGGCCCCUUUUGUACCCUUGUACAUAGGCGAUCUAUUAGUGCGCGUGACCUUGCGUUAAUGUUAGGAUUUUUUUUUUUAUAUGUAUGCAUCAUUUUAGAAUGAAAGUGUGUCUCAGUUCGGUUUUCCCUCCUUAAUCCAACACAAAUGUGUCUGCAAACUCUUACACCACCGCGCCCAAUAUAUCGUCGGUUCACAUUCUCAUGGAUUUGCAAUUACUGUCUCAUCUGCACUUAAACGUUUCAUCAAAAUUCCACGUCCAGCCUCAACAGUCUGCUUUCGCUG